AUGGACGACCCGCCUGCCGAAAAAACGUGUCCUGAUCGUACCCGGGGACUUCACUUGGCUCAUGGACUUGGGAUACUUAAUGCAGUCAAAUUUUCUAUUUCGGUCACUAACCUCUGUCUCUCUACAGCGUUCGGAACAAACACACAAUCUCAACCCAAUUCACUUUUCGGAUCUCAGCCCCGCGCUGGUGGCUUCGGCGCAACAAACACCACUAAUAGCGGAGGCAUGUUUGGAAAUACGCAGACUGCCGGUGCCACUGGAGGUUUCGGCUCCGGCACAGGUGGAUUUGGCUCUGGAACCACUGGCGGCUUCGGCACCAACACCAACUCCAACACUGGUGGAAGCCUGUUCGGCGCGAGCAAGCCAACUGGCUUUGGUGCUUCAACCACUGGAACUGGUGGAUUCGGCUCGAGUGGUGGUGGCUUCGGAGCUGCAGGCGCUACUACCACCCCAAGCACCGGCUUUGGUGGCUCAGGAACUGCUUUCUCACAACCGGGUGCUGCCGCUACUUGCGAAGGCACUGGAGGUACCCCAUUCAGCGCUUUUACCGAGAAAGAUAACGCCUCUAGCGUCACAAACCACUACCAAAGCAUUUGCUUCCAGCCACCUUACAGCAAAUUUUCAUUCGAGGAACUGCGUCUAGCAGAUUACCAGCAAGGCCGUCGUUUCGGCAAUGGCAGUGGCCAGGCCGGCGCAUUCGGUUCAUCGGCCUUCGGUAACACUGGGGGUUUCGGUGCCCAAAACAACACUGCUACCACAGGUGGUUUCGGUGCUAGUGCUACUCCAUUCGGUGGCGCCGCUGCUACAAGUGCACCAACUGGCUUCGGAGCGACUCAAACAGCGGGCGGCUUUGGCUCCACGAACUCUAAUCCUUUGUUUGGAGGAGCGGCCAAACCGGCAGGCAGUACUCUAUUCGGUGGCGCCAGUACCACCCCGGCAGCUUCGACAGGCGGAAUGUUCGGCGGUGCCACGCAAACUACUGGAGGCUUUGGAAGCAACACUGGGACUAAUACUGGUGGAGCAUUCGGUAACACCGGCGGUGGCCUGUUUGGGAACAACAACCAACAGCAGAACAAGCCUGCAUUCGGUGCCAGCCCCAGCACUGGUGGUGGAUUCGGGUUCGGGAACAACACUCAAACAACAAGCGCUGCCAAUCCAUUUGGAGCCUCCACUGCAACAGCCUCGCCAUUUGGUGGUGGCACUUCGCAACAGCAAACUACAGGCGGGUUCGGUGGAUUCGGCAACACUGCACAACAAAACCAGCCUCAGGCCCAGAACAAAUCCUUGUUUGGUGGCGGUGGUGGAUUCGGCACCAACACUCAGCAGGGUACCGGUACCGGCCUCCUCGGCGGUGGUAGUACGACACCCGCUGCAGGAACCUCACUGUUCGGAGGUAAUCAACAGCAACAGCAGCCGCAACAAGGGGGUGGGCUGUUCGGUGGUGGUCAAACCCAGCAAGCAGGAACUGGCGGUGGGUUGUUUGGCAACACACAAAACCAGCCAGCAAAGCCAGCUGGCGGAGGUCUGUUUGGAUCCAACCCAGCUCCCGCUGGAGGCGCAUUCUCCGGAUUUGGUUCCUCCACGACCCAACCAGCCACUGGCGGCGGUGGUGGUCUCUUCGGUAACUCCCAAAACCAGACACAGAAGCCUGGCGGCUUCGGCGGCUUCGGUGCUAGCACCAACUCCGGCGGCGGCGGUUUGUUCGGCAACACUCAGAACAAUACAACCCAAAACGCAGGUGGAUCCUUGUUUGGAGGUGGUCAAAGUCAACAGCAGCAACCGGCUGGCAGCAGUAUGUUCGGAAGUUCUCAGCCUGGUCAACAGUCGCAGCCUGCCCCGGGUAGCUUCCAGGCCUCUCUCCUUGAUGGAAACCCUUACGGAAGUCAGUCUAUCUUCUCGGGUCUGCCUGCCCCCACUGGAUCGACCCCUGGACCCCUCGCAACUCCGCUGUCUUCCAGCAUGAAGCAGAAACAGCGAACUCCCUUGCCGGUCUACAAGAUCACGCCCAAUGCUGCGAACCGUCUCAUCACCCCUCCCAAGCGUGGCUAUGGAUUCUCAUACUCUACCUACGGCUCACCCGCCAGUACCACUGGUACCCCCUCUGGCCUGAGUAACAGCCUCCUCGGCGGUGGUGGAAGCAACAGUCUCCGUGGUAGCAUCAACGGUAGCGUUGGUCGUAGCUUCAGCAAGAGUUACUCCACCAGCAACCUGCGGAAAACCUUCGACCCCGAGUCUGAUAGCGUUCUUUCCCCUGGUGCCCUUCAAGCCGGCAGCACGCGUGGUAACUCCGGCCUCAAGCGCCUGACGAUUGACCGUGGACUGAGGAACGACCUGUUCUCUAGCCCUGCUUCUCGGGCCGCGCCGGCUCCCCUUCUCACCAACGGAGAAGACGCUGGCCAGUCCGGCGAAAAGCUGAAGAAGAAGGUCAGCUUCGACUCGGCUGCUUCUGGUGCCAAUGGAGGCGAACUUGUUCGUGCCGAGCCCGCAAGCCCUGAGCCGUCUGCGCAGGAGCUUGGAUUCCUUCGUUCCACCCGCAAGAGCGGUAGCCUUAACGGCAUCGAUGCAGUUGCCUCCUCCGAUCGCCCGGAAAUGGAGUCCGUUAGCCGCGAUCUGGCUGUUGUUCCCGAGAAUGGACUGGCUACCACCAACGGUGCUACGGUCAAGCGUCUUACUUUCAUCCCCGGCGGUGACCCCAAGCCUGGUGAUUACUGGAUGCAGCCCUCCCGCGCGGACCUCAGCAAGCUGAGCCGCGAUCAGCUCAAGAAGGUCGUCGACUUCACUGUCGGACGUCAGAACUGUGGAUCCGUCACCUUCGAUGGCCCCGUCGACCUAACUGGUAUCGAUCUUGAUAACCUAUUCGAUGGCUUGGUGGAUAUCAACCUUCGCAAGAUCACUGUCUACCCUGAUGAGUCCAUCAAGCCUGCCAGGGGUAAGGGUCUGAAUGUGCCCUCAACCUUGCGCAUCGAGAACUCUUGGCCCCGCGGCAGAGACAAGAAGAGCAACUCGCCCCUCACUACCGGCCCUCUCUUCGAGAAGCACAUCGAACGUCUCCAGAAAGUGGGCGACACCGAGUUCAUCAACUACGAGACCGAAACCGGAACGUGGAUCUUCAAGGUGCCUCAUUUCACGACCUAUGGUUUGGAUUACGAUGAAGAGGAAGAGGAGGGUGAGCUUGACCAAAGUGCCCUGGGUGCCCCUGCCCCCGAACAUGCUACUCCAAGGGCCCGCUUUGAUCAAUCCGUCAGCUUCGACCAGUCAACUACUUUCUCGAUCGAUGAGUCUUUCGUUGGAUCGCAGAUGGGUGUUGACGACGACACUUUCGACUUCAAGAAGCGCAACCUCGUUGCUGGCUCUGUCCCUGGCUCAUUUGCCGGUCAGGCUACACGUACAGAGGAAGAGGAUUUUUCCGAGGGUGAGACAGAGCAGUCUUUUUUAGAGGAAGGCUCCACGGGUUCAACUACUGAGAAUGACGACGAUAUCGUCACCGAGAGCCAACGAUCUGGCGAUUCGGUUGUUGGAUCAGAUGAGGCAGAUGAAAUGGAUAUGGCGGGUGCCUUUCCUACUCCUCAUCGCACCGUGGAGCACGAAGACUACCAGAGCACCAAUGGUGAUCUGGAGACCACUCACCCUAUCUCCAAACACUUCGGCAGUCCUGCGAGGCCUCAGCUUGAUCUUAGUGGCGACUGGGCCGAGCAGCUUCAGCGCACUAUCAGCCCUCGGAAGCAAAACCGUGACGCCCUGCGUGAAAUGCAAGCAGAUGCUUUCCUCGAUCGAAACCUGGUGAACGACGAGUCGUCCACAAAGGCCACGAAUCUAUCGCCAAAGAAGGGAUUCUCGAACAGCAUUGAUCUCAUGAACUCUUUGUUUCAGCAGCCGCGCAAACAAAAUGCUCCCUCUCCGCUGAAGGCAUCCAAGCCCCAGCCCAAGGGUCCCGAGUGGCCAUACAACAAACAACCCAAGACAUUUGCUGGUGACGCCACGGAAAUGACCGAAUCCGACGCCGCUUUCCAUGACUCUUUCAAACCACGGUGGGGGCCUAUGGACUCACUUGUCUGCGCCAGAAACGACAUGCAAGAGACAAUCUCAGAGGUUGAUCAAACCUGGAAAGAAAGCGUAACUGUUUUCAGCGAAGAGCGAAGCAUCGCAGUGAUGACUUACAGCAAAUCCAACGAGGCUAAAGAAAUGCUUGACGUUCAACGGAGCCAGGCUACCAUCGAACGUGUUGACGGAACUCCUUUGGUCCGCAUGGCCAAGAUCGACUUGUCACAAUUCCCUUUGUCCCCCUCCACUCGUUCCCAGUCCGAGGAAGAACGCCUCGUCUGGCAACUCCUUAAUACUCUCUUCAAUGACGAUGUGGAGGACGAUAUCUCGGCCGGUGUACCCCCACGGCUGCGGAAGCAAUUUUCCCACCGGAUCAAGAAGGACCGACUCACCCGUCUUUGGGAACGAAUUGUUCGUCAGAAGCACGCUCAAAGCUUGGACUUGAUUCGUUGCCCGGUGGAACGUGCCGUUCAUCUACUCUGUGCACACCGAGUGGAGGAAGCGUGUAAGACCCUUGUGGACAGUCAAAACCCUCAUUUGGCCACAUUGGUCGCACAGAUUGGUCGUGAUGCUACCUCCCGGGCAGGAAUUGCGAACCAGAUAGAAGUGUGGCGCCAGAACAAUGUGCUUUCGGAAAUGAGUGAACCUGUACGCGCGCUCUACGAGUUGAUUGCCGGCAAUGCCCUCCGCAGCGAGGGAAAGUCGAGCGGUGCACUGGAGGACCGAGCUUCUACCUUUGGCUUGACCGAACGCUUCGAUCUAGAUUGGUUCCAGGCCUUUGGUCUUCGUCUCUGGUACUGCACCUCGGAAGAAGAACCGAUUGAGGCCGCUGUGUCUAAAUUCCUGGCAGACUUGGCCACCGGACAUGAACCUGCCUUCCCUCACCCCUCACACCUGGACGGUGCUCGUGUGCAGCCUGGCUCUGACACUCUAGGCCGUGAGUCGCCUCUGUGGGUUCUGCUCAAGGCUUUCUCGGUCACCCGUGGCGACAGCGCCGAAUCUCUUCAAUUCCCGGCAUCUCUACUCCCCGAGUCCGUCUCCGGUGAUCGUCUCUCCAACAGACUUUCCUUCCAGCUCCAUCACGUCCUCACUGCUACUCUUGGACAACAAGCGACCAUCAAGAUCGACCAGCACCAGGCUGACCACCUCGUCUGGGACUUUGCUUCAGAGCUCAGUGCAGGUGGUGAUCUUCCCGAGGCCCUGUUCGUUCUUCUGCAUCUCUCCCAGGCUGAGGACCGCAAGCGCACCGUCCAAGACACCCUUGCCCGAUUCGCAGCCCAACUUCCCGAGCCUUUCACCGCAGACGGCUCCGCCGAUGCCGGAUGGCAAUAUCUUGUUACCGACCUUCAGCUUCCCGAGGCCUGGAUCUGGGUUGCCAAGGCUCUUUAUGCCCGCGACACCGGCGACUCUGCCCGUGAGGUCGAGUGCCUUAUCCGUGGAAAGCACUGGAACGACGCCCACGCCACAUUCUGCCGAAUCGUCGCUCCCAGCGCUAUCAUCGAGGGUGACUACCAAACUCUCGGUGCCCUGGUUUCCGGGUUCGGUGAUGGUCCCGAGCGCAAGAUGCGCGGCUGGGCCUCUGGCGGUGGUGUCUACGAAGAUUUCCUGCGUUUGGUCAACUCCACCACUGGCCGACGUGAUCCUACUCGUCUCAACCGGUUGGUGAAUGCUCUCGUCGCUAUGGGUGAUCGCAUCAAGGACACCGGCUUGGAAGGCCUUGAGGAGCGCGUUGCGUUCAAGGAGAUGAGCCGAGCCGUCGCCACUUGGAUUACCCAUGAAGAUGUUCAAUCUGUUCAGUCGUCUGCUAUCCUCGGACUUCCUUUGACUGGUGAUGCUCGUGUCUUGCAAACCGCGGAGAUGAGUCGUCGCUACUACGGUAUUAUCAUGGCGGGUGGCCAUUAA